UAUUUAUAUUUAACAGUCAGGUUUCAGGUUUCAUCAACACCAUCAGUAUCUGUGGCACUUGGGUCAGAUGUGCUGUUACCUUGUACUCUGACUCCUGAGAUGAACGCAGAGAAGAUGGAAAUCCGUUGGCUUAAGCCUAUGUACCAGCCCUAUGUUCAUCUUUAUAUUAAUGGGAAAGAUGAUUACACAGCCCAGAUGCCACAGUUUGCUAACAGAACAGAACUGCUAAAAGAGAACAUCACUAGGGGAAUUUUCCUUUUGAUGAUCCGUAACGUCACAGCUGAGGAUUCUGGGAAUUACUAUUGUUAUGUUGAGUCCAGUGACCAUCAUGAUAUUGCAACAGUACAGCUACUUGUUAAUGCCGUUGGAACUGUGCCGGUUAUUUCCGCAAUUACUGACGACACUGUGUAUUGUGAGUCCCAUGGCUGGCACCCUAAGCCCUACCUGCUAUGGACAGAUAAUGAGGGGAACAAUAUAAUCCCAUCAAUGGAAAACGUGUUCAGAGAAGAAAAUAAUCUCUAUCACAUCAUUAGUAUUAUCAGUUUACCGAAUGCUUCAUACAUCACCUGCACUGUCUCCAAUUCGCUAAAUCAGAGCAAAAAAAGUUCUUGGCAGAUCACAGGGGCAGUACACCGCUUUAUCAUCAUCAUCAAGUCUCUGGUUGUAGUUACUUCUUGA